AUGGGCUUCCUUGGCGUCUACAAGGCCAUCUACGACUAUGAACCCCAGAGUGAAGGCGAGCUGGCCAUCACCGAGGGUGACAUCCUCUACCUCUUAGAAAAGGACGGCGAUGAUGACUGGUGGAAGGCCAAGAAAAAGGCAAACGCGGAUGACGAGGACGAGCCCGUCGGAUUAAUACCCAACAACUACGUUGAACAGGCCCCCAUAAUCACCCAAGCUCGUGCCCUGUACGACUACACCCGCCAAACCGACGAAGAGGUCUCCUUCUCCGAAGAUGCCAAGCUACAGAUUUAUGAUAACUCGGAUCCCGACUGGAUUCUCGUAGGGACCGACGGCGACUUCGGUUUUGCCCCUUCCAAUUAUAUUGAAGUUGCCGACGGCGCCGAAGACGCAGAGCCCGAGCCGGCACCUGCACAGGAACCCGUUGCCCCUCCGCUUCCCCCAUCUCUGCCAGUGCGCCCACCUGUAGAGGAAGAACCAGAAGAAGAGCCGCAGAGCCCACCCCUUCCCGUGCGGCAACCCUCGGUAGCCUCUGAGCCAGCACCCGCCGCCCCGGCACCCGCUGCCGCGCUGGCCGGCGUCAUGCAGGCCAGGACUUCCACCCGAGCGCCAACGCCUCCUCCCAUUGCCGUGCCUCCGCGUCGGCAGUAUAUCUCGGAGGAGUCGGAAGACGAGCCGAGUCCAGCACUGCCCGUUCGCCCGCGAUCCUUAUCGGCCAUUUCCAAUGACCAAUCCCUCCACUCCCCGCCACCGCAGAGGACCAGUAGCCGGAGGCAGAGGGCCUAUGACGACGAAGUGCCAGAAGGCUCCCAUGGCCGCAUUGCACCUGGUGGCUUCCACAUGUAUAACAUCAAUGAAAUGGUUUCAGUCAUGGGAAAGAAGAAGAAGAUGCCAACCACCCUGGGCGUGAAUCUGAAAACCGGUGUCAUCCUGAUUGCGCCCGAAAAGGCCUCGGAUGGGCCCACUCAGGAAUGGACCGCCGAUAGGAUGACACACUACUCGCGAGAGGGCAAACAUGUCUUUUUGGAGCUCGUGCGGCCCAGCAGAAGUAUUGACUUUCACGCCGGAGCUAAGGACACGGCUGCCGAAAUUGUCAGUGCGCUGGGGGAACUGUCUGGCGCCAUCCGAGCCGAGGGGCUCCGGGAAGUCAUCAUGGCCGGCACAGGACAGACGAUUCAGAAGAGGGGAACUGUACUCUACGAUUUCAUGGCCCAAGGAGAUGACGAGGUCACCGUCGGCGUCGGCGACGAGGUUAUAGUAGUCGACGACACGAAGAGUGAUGAAUGGUGGCAAGUCCGACGACUUAAGAAUGGCAAAGAAGGAGUUGUCCCGAGCAGCUAUAUCGAAAUCACAGAGACACUCGCGUCCACAGUCACCUCUUCGACCACUGGCAUCAAUGCGGGACGCUCUAGCGUGAAGCAGAACAGGCUGGAGGAGGAGCGCUUGACAAGGGAGGCUUUGAAGCGGGAACCACAAGCAGUAGAGGUAGGACCUGGAAUGCGUUUGCCCGAAAGAAAAAGUAGCUUGUCAGCCGUGAACAUUGGUAACCAAAAUGGCCAGCAGCAGAACAACCGAUCCGGUGGCAAAUCAUCCUCCAAGUCGAAACCCGACCCCGCCAAGGUGCGAGUCUGGACGGAUCGCAGCAAGUCCUUCAGUGUCGAGGCUCAGCUCCUUGGCGUAAAGGACGGCAAAAUAAACCUCCACAAGGUUAAUGGCGUCAAAAUUGCUGUUCCAAUUGCAAAGAUGUCCGCCAAGGAUCUUGAAUAUGUCGAAUUGAUUACUGGUAUCUCGCUAGAUGAAGAUCGACCACUAUCGGACGUGAAACGGGCGCAGUCUACGAGACAGCAGGCGCCGAGAGGGGACUCGUCAUCCAGAGUCGGCGCCUCUGUGGACAAGCCUGAGUAUGACUGGUUUCAAUUCUUCCUCUCCUGCGACGUGGCUGUGGGACUUUGCGAAAGGUACGCGCAGGCCUUUGCCAAGGACUCCAUGGACGAAACCGUGCUUCCCGAUGUGGAUGCCAGUGUCCUUCGAAACCUGGGUUUGCGCGAAGGCGACAUCAUCAAGGUCAUGCGCUACCUGGACAAGAAAUUCGGGCGCGAUGCGAAGAAGAGAGGCGUCAGCUUUGCAGGCGAUGAGGAUGGCGAGGCCGGCUCGGGUGGGCUGUUUUCAGGACCCGGAGGAACCCUGCGGAACAAUACUCGAAAAGGAAGGCCGGCUCCUGCAACCGAAACAAACAAUACAGUUGAUCCCAAGGCGUUCUCCAAAGAGACGGGUGCUGAUGCCGCUGCUGCAGCAUCGUCGCCAACCGCCAAGAGACCCAAUGCAGGCGAGAAGGGCACUGCCGGAGGAUUUGAUGAUGAUGCCUGGAGUGUUAAGCCUUCCAAGACGCCAGAACCUCAGGCAACACAACCUGCCCCGGCGCCAGUAGCAGCACCGGCACCGGCACCGGCACCGGCAGCACCUGAACAGCCAAAGCCUCCCGCGCUGUUAACACAAGCCAUGCAAGAUCUCUCGCUGCUGUCGAAGCCCCUUGAGCCAGAGAAGAUGGAACCACCUCCCCCUCCGCCACAAGUCAUCCAACCGCCGCCUCAGUCUGUAUCUCAGCAACAGGCUGCAACUGCACAAGUUCAGCAAGGUGCCUCGCCCGCAUUUUUCUCGGGCCUGGCACCACAGCAGACGGGCUUGGCAGCAAUGCCUACCGGCCAGCCCCUAGGCUUGGGACUAGGUGGCAGUCGGCAGCGGCCCCUCGCACCUCAGAUGACACAAGGCCAGCCGGGCUUGGUACCGCCGCCGCCGAUGCGACCGCUUUCUGCUCCCCAGUCUGCGCAGCCCAGCGGGUUUGCACCACCGCCCCUGCAGCCGCAGAUGACGGGGUUUGCGCCCUCGGGCCAGAGCAUGAACGACCUCAACCAGCAGAGACUUCAGCAGCAGCAGCAGCAGUUCAUGGGCGGCUUCCAGCCACAGCAGACGGGGCAGGGCAUGAUGGGUUACAACACUGGGCCUGGUGGCCAGCAAGCCAUGGCCCCUCAACCCACAGGAUACAACCCCGGCAGCCAGUUCAUGCAACCGAACAUGACGGGCAUGGCCCCGUUGCAACAAUUCUCGCCCAUACAGAACCAACCCACGGGCUUCCCAGGGGCCUUCAAUGCCGGCCAGCAGCCACCGCAGCAGAUAGCUCAGCCCACUGGUGUGAAUUCGUUCUUGCCGCCAGCCAUGGAACCCCAGAGAACCGGUAUGCCACAGAUGCAGACUGGUCUCCAACCGCAGCAGACUGGAUUCGGUGGAGGUUUCGGACAGGGCUUCAAUUCGAACUUAAACAAUCAGAGCGGCCAGACCCCGGCCGUUGCUCCCUUGCAGCCACAACCCACGGGACCAGCCCCUCCGGUACGGUUCGGCGUCCCAGAGAAGAUCCAACCGCAGGCUACCGGCCGGCGUGCGAAUCUCUCACAAGCAACCCCGCAAAACCCAUUUGGUUUUUAA